AUGAGUGACAAUGAUGACAUCGAAGUGGACAGUGAUGAAGAAUCACCGAGAUAUCACUCAGUGGCGGACAAGCGGGCGCACCACAAUGCUCUGGAGCGUAAGCGUAGGGACCAUAUCAAGGACAGCUUCCACAGCCUGCGCGACUCUGUGCCCGCUCUCCAGGGGGAGAAGGUGGGUACUAAGGCUUCUCGAGCUCAGAUCUUAGACAAAGCCACAGAGUACAUCCAGUACAUGAGGCGGAAAAACCACACACACCAACAGGACAUCGAUGACCUCAAACGGCAAAACUCCCUGCUGGAGCAACAAGUGCGUGCUCUGGAGAAGGUGAAGGGCUCCACUCAGCUCCAGUCCAACUACUCCUCGUCGGACAGCAGCCUGUACACCAACCCGAAGGGAAGUGCUGUGUCUGCGUUCGACGGAGGCUCUGAUUCUAGCUCAGAGUCUGAACAUGAGGAGCUGCCGACCCGUAAGAAGCUCCGCGAGAGCUAA